AUGACUAAAAUCAAAGUAAAGACGCCCGUGGUCGAAAUGGAUGGCGAUGAGAUGACAAGAAUAAUCUGGAAACUAAUCAAGGAACAAUUGAUUCUUCCAUUCUUGGACAUCGAUCUCAAGUACUACGAUCUAGGCAUUGAAUAUAGAGAUCAAACUUCUGAUAAAGUUACAGUUGACUCUGCAUUGGCGACACAAAAGUAUGGCGUUGCAGUCAAAUGUGCUACUAUCACUCCGGAUGAGGCUCGUGUCAAAGAGUUUGGUCUCAAAAAAAUGUGGUUGUCCCCGAAUGGCACGAUUAGAAAUGUUCUGGGUGGUACAGUCUUUCGUGAACCUAUCAUUAUUGAUAAUAUCCCUAGAAUUAUACAGCAUUGGGAAAAGCCAAUCAUCAUUGGCAGACACGCUUUUGGGGAUCAGUACAAGUGUGAAAAUAUUGUGACUCCAGAUUGCGGAGGGGAGCUCAAGAUCGUUUUUGUUCCGAAAGAUGGUAGCAAAAACAUAGAAAUCCCUGUUUAUAAUUUUGACGGCAAGGGCUGUGCCUUGUCGAUGUAUAACACCGAGGAGUCUAUUCAAGGUUUUGCUGUCAGCUCUUUUGAGCUGGCGCUUGACCGUAAGUUGCCAUUAUACAUGUCGACGAAGAACACCAUUUUGAAGCAAUACGACGGCCUGUUUAAAGAUACCUUCCAAAGGAUUUACGAGUCACGGUACAAGGACAAGUUCGAGAAGCUGGGAAUCUGGUAUGAGCAUCGACUGAUUGACGAUAUGGUGGCCCAGAUGGUGAAAUCCAAGGGAGGAUUUAUAAUUGCUAUGAAAAACUAUGACGGAGACGUCCAAUCAGAUGUUGUGGCCCAGGGAUUUGGCUCCUUGGGUUUGAUGACAUCGGUUCUUAUUUCGGCAGAUGGUAAGUCUUUUGAGGCAGAAGCAGCCCACGGUACUGUCACGCGGCAUUAUAGGCAGCACCAACAGGGCAAAGAAACGUCCACGAAUUCAAUCGCUUCUAUAUUUGCUUGGAGUAGAGGUCUCAUCAAAAGGGGAGAGUUAGACAAUACCCCUGACGUCGUUAAAUUUGGCAGGACUCUCGAAAAGGCAACCGUUGAUACCGUCAAGGACGGCAUAAUGACCAAAGACCUUGCCCUAGCUAGAGGAGAGACCGGCCGCUCUUCGUACGUGACGACCGAGGAAUUUAUUGGGGCGGUUGCAAAAAAGCUAAACCUGCUUUUGGAGACAUAG